AUGCACUACAAACCACUGACCACCACACGCGUCAUCGCACCGAGGUCAGCCAGCCACACACGUGCAGACAAGAAAGGCUCAUCCGAUGAGGGUGUCGCUCGGCUGUGUGUCCAUCAGGGAGAGCAGCGAGACCCGGCUGUUUGUGAAGUGUCACCGCAAGGAUGUCAUCAGACCGAAGUGGAUACUCGACUGCGUCGCACAGCAGAAGGUCCGACCCCAUGCACCACAAACACACACACACACACACACACACAAUAGUACCCCAUGCGCCCCUGUCAAUCCGUUGCCUCUGCAUGUUGAUGCAGUUGAUUGAGCUGCAUCCGACGUACCUGAUCCACGUGGGCGAUGAGCUGGGGGCGAAGUGGGAGGACGUCAUGGACAGAUACGGCGACAAAUACUAUGAGGACAUCACACCAGGCACGCGCAUGCGACGCAAAACAAUGAGAAGACCUACAUGUGCUGGAUGGAUGGAUGGAUGGCCUUCUCUGUAUAUUUUGUUCGUUCCAGACCAGUUGGCUGAGCUGAUGGACUCCAUGGACGUGCCCACUGACCCGCAGAUCCUCGCCGUAGCCAAGAAGAUCAUGGACAGAUACCCACACCUCAUGCGCACACCCGACAUGCCAUAUGUGUACUUAGGCGGACACACACCCCACCCCACGGCACCCACCACUCCCACACACACACUCUUUCUCUCUGUCUUGUUUGUCCGUGCAGAAGUUUCCGUGUGUAUGUGGGCGAGACGCCCAGCCCCCUGCUGUCCGCUACAACAGCGCCGACCGUCUCGCCGCAGGCUGGGCGGCCCUCGAGGCCGGCCAGCGUCAGAUGGAGCGAGGCUGCUGCUGCUUAA